UGAGAGGAGACUUUGAGCCACUCUGCAGCCUCUUGUGACACAGUGAAGACCUGCAGGAGUCUUCUCUCUCUCUCUCUACAACUUUUGGAACUUGCUUCUCUUGGAUGCGUUUGAGGAACAAAACGACAACAACAAAAAAAGAACAAAAUAGAGUCGACCGAUGGCGCCCCCCCUCCCGCUCAUUGUGAAUCAUGUCACGCCGGAAGCAGAAGAGACCCCAGCAUCUCAUUAACGCCGAUCCAGGGGGCCAGGGGGUGCUAGCUCACGAUGAGCUUGUGGCCAUGAAGUCACCAUCCACCUCUGGCUCAGAAGUCACUUCCUCUGGGUCUUCCUCACCUUCCCCGACCUCGCUCCAAGACUGCCAGCCGCCCCUGCCCCCCCGCCCGUCCCCCGUGGGGCUCCACGCGCCCUCCUUGCCCAACGAGAGCUCACCCCCUCCACACUGGCCCAACCACAUCGCCCCCUUUGCCACCUCCCUCCCAAACACUCAUUCCUCCCUCUCCCCGGACUUUCCUCACCCCUCCUUGUCCUCCCAGACUCAUUCGCCUCCCCCUCUGGGAAAGACCUCCGGCCCCCAAGCGCUCUCACACCAAGGGAAUUCUCACUCCACCAUGACCUCCCCUACAAUGGGCAGCUCGGCCACUACCACUACCUCGUCCUCGUCCUUUCAGUGUGUGCCCACCCAAUGUGACAGUGACAGCCCGGGUCAGCACCAGGCCUCCAGCUCGCUGGGUGACCAGAUGCAGGUGCCUCCCACCCUGGCUGUGCUCCUGGAGGAGCUUCUUUUACAGCAGCGGCAAAUACAUCAGAUGCAGAUUACUGAGGAAAUCUGCAGGCAUGUUCUAAGGCUUGGAGGUGCAGUGUUUGGCCAGGAUGCUAACACACAAGCUAGUGCCGCUGAGAGCAACCAGAAGCCCAGUGGAGGGGCUUCGUCCACCACAGCACACUCCUCUACUGUCACACCUGCCACCACAGCGGCAUCGCUUUUAACCGGCAUUCCAUCAUCCCUUUUUCCCCCAGCUGCCUCCUCUCCAAGCAAGGCGCGCUACAGGCCAAUGGCAGCAGAACGCCCAUCGUCCUCCACCUCUUUGGCUUCAUCCAUCUCCUCCACCAUGCCAAGCUCGUCUGUGGCCUCCCUUCACCCCCUGUCUUUGUCUUUGGGCCUACCCCCGCGCUACCUCCAUGAGAAGUCUUCCAACACCUCCUUAUUUGCUCACACUAAUGGCAUUAGCCUCUCCACGCCUCUCGUUCCCACCACCAGCCAUUCGCAGGACCUUCCUCCUCCGUCUGCCUCUCUGACCUCCACGUCGGGACGCCCGCAGCACGUGUGCCGUUUUUGCGGGAAGGUCCUGAGCAGUGACUCGUCACUGCAGAUCCAUCUGAGGUCACACACAGGCGAGCGGCCCUACCAGUGUCCCGUCUGCCUGAGCCGUUUCACCACACGAGGAAACCUCAAAGCUCACUUCUUGCGACAUCGGGAGCAGAAUCCAGAGCUUUCCCUCUCCCUUUUACCCCCGGCGCUGUCGGAACAGACACAGAGUGGCUCGUCUUCCGGUGCAAUCCAGAGGAGGAGGAAGAGGCGAGCCGAUGAUGAUGAGUCCUUUAACGGGGUGAAGGGAAGCAUUCCCGGGAUGACAGAGAACAUGGCUUUGGGUUUCCUGUCUGGUGCGUCGACUCAUCCCUCUGCUUCCUCUCUCCCUUUGCCGCCCACAGUGGAUAUGGCGCUGCUGUCCACUGCCCAUUCCCUGUUGCAGCUGAAUCGGGCGUCAGUCGCUAUCAGCGCACCGAGCCCUGUGCUGCCGUCUUCCUCGUCCUCCGUGGGAAGUCAGUAUAAGGGAGCAAAGCAGCAGCGCUUUGACGAGAACACUCCUCCUCACUCGACGCUUCACACAGCCACCUCCUACUCCCAGCUGGCUCAACUUCCCAAAAUUCUCUUCCCUGGAGGUACCUCCCCGCACCACCUGGCCCUCCUGCGACCAUCAGGCCACCCGUCCAGCUCUCACCUCAGUUCACCACAUCAGCUUCUCCCUUUCCCUCCUUUCCCCAAGCCAUCCACCACUUCUCCGUGCUCCUCUCCUGCCACCUCCACUCAGACAUCAGACACCUCCAAGCUGCAACGGCUGGUCCAGAAGCUUGAGAAGCAGCCACAAGGAGGGGCGUUGUCCUCUUCAUCUGUCCCGUCUUCCUCUACCUCUUCACUCACCCUUGCGGAGGCCAACGGGGAUACGAAUGGUCAUGACCUCAGCACCACCUCCAGUGCUUAUCGCAGGGAAAUGUUAGCUGCUCUUGGCCUUAGUCCAAACACUGGAGGGCUAGCAAGCGGUCAGGGGGUCUCAGGUGCUAACUCCACCACCACCACCGCCACCACCUCAUCUCUGCCCACUGCUCAGGCAGCCAAUCAGUGCGGGGUGUGCCUGCGUGUACUCAGCUGCCCUCGAGCCCUGCGCUUGCACCAGGCCACUCAUCUGGGAGAGCGACCCUUCCCUUGUAAGCUCUGUGGUCGCUCCUUCUCCACCAAGGGCAGCCUCAGGGCCCACCUGGCCACUCAUCGGGCAAGGCCACCCAAUUCCCGGGCGCUGAACUCCUGCCCCCUGUGUCCACGCAAGUUCACCAACGCCUUAGUUCUUCAGCACCACAUCCGCCUGCACCUCGGAGGGCAAAUCCCACCUGAUGAAGACCUGCCAGCAGAGGACAAUGCAGAAACAGAGAACGCCAUAUUUGAUGAUGUAGAGAAUGACUCGCCAUCUAAAGUUGAACAACUCUUGCCCCUGGCUCUUACAAAACCUCCUGCUUCUAAGAUAGCUUCUGAUGUGAAGAUGGAGGAAUCUGAGGCUUCCACACCCAGCAUUAGCCCACCUCCGCCCCAUAAUACCCACUCAGCGGGAGCCGAGGACCCUCUGGAUAUGAGAGACAACAACCUAGAUGGUGGUAGCUCCCUGAACAGCUCCACAUUCCUGCAAGAGGAGGCCCCCCAAGCUGACCUGGGCAGCCCUCUCAAAGCCGCCUUGACUAGCUCCCAUUCAGCUGCCGUCAAUGGUAAAGACACCCCUCUCUCCUUGUGUGUUUCUAAGCCUGAUGCACAAAUGAACACACAUGACGCAAACAGUCCCGCGCCAGAGGUAAAUCCUUCAUCUGCACUCACCAAUCCCUCCAGCCCGGGGCCCGACUGUGCUGCUCAGGGAGUUGAUGGAAGCGUCCUGCAGGGGCCGGGGGUGCAAGAUGUCACCCAAAGUCAAGCAGAAGGUGAAAAGAACACAUCAACAGCAGACCCAGAGAAGGAGACCUCAGACAGCCCAGAGCCCCCUGUUGCAGCACCUGGACCACAUUCCCAACACCAUCGCUUGGAUAAACCCUACAGCUGCUCCCAAUGCGGAAAGGCCUACGCCAGCCGUAGUGGACUUAAGGGUCACAUGAAAACUCAUCCUAGUGCCUACGCCAAGGGUCAAACCAAUGAGAGCAACUUUGCCGAGGAUCACAGUUCCAAGAUCCUGGAAGGGAAGCAAGGAAGCAGUGAUCCAGAUGCAGGCGUUGGUUGUGACGAGGCCGGUGAGCUACUGGACACGACCGCUUAGGGAAGAAGAUAGUUUAGUCUUCUGGACGAGGGACUGUUGUUGUUAGAUGAUUGUUCAUAGCGAUAGCUUGUGUUGUAGUUAAUGCUCAAGGAGAUGUUUGAAUGUAGAACACGACUUGUUAUAGUCUUUUUUUGUACUUCAAAUCUCACAGUGAGGCCUUAUUUCUACGCCAUUCCUUUCAAUGUUUGCUGUGAUAAGUUGGGGUGUAACGGUACACCAUAAUCAUGUUUUGGAUUAUACCUCGGUUUUAAUGUUACGCUUCGGUUCAUUGUGUGUACGGUCCGGGUAGCACUUUGGACACCCCUGGUUUACAAGGUUUGUUUUUAGGAAAGUGCAAAAGUAACAAUUUGAACAGUGUGAUUUAUUAUUUUAUUUUUAGUAAAUGAAAGUGCAGCAUUAAUAGUCCAGCUCAUAGCCCCGUUCUCUCUCUACUGAACAAUGGCGGCAACACUUAUUUGGUCUUAUCUACUUGUUUUUGUGCAUUUAUUUAUUUCACUGAGAAGGCCAAGGAGACUUUAGUAAAGAAAGAGGGUUGUCAAGCUCUGUCUUCUCCUUAGCACUAUCAGUAGCCAUAACUCCCGCUAGCCAAAGGCUGGGCUGCACUCUUUUUGUCUGCCUGAACUCUGCUUCUGCGCUGAAUGCCUUGCCUUUUUGUCCGCUUUCAAGCACACUCCCCGGGCUUGUGGAGGUCCAUCGCAACGGUGUACACUUCCUGUCCCGCUUUUAAUGUGUACCACGUUGGAAAUCGGCAGGCCUUCGGUUCUGUAGGGAAAAUCCAACUCCAAAUACAUGCACCGUUACACCCCUAUUGUUCACAAAGGCUGACCUGCAUACCAAAACAGGCCAUUUUUUGUAAUGGUCCACAUUUGUAUAUAUGAUGUUUGUUCUUCUUUUGAAGUGUUACUUAUUUGUUGUAUUUGUGCUGCUGCUGACUGCACUGCGCUGGAGGAACAUCUCCUGCCAUGCUAGCAAUGUUGACCACGAUGGCGAUGAAUGUGUAGCCACAUAUGACUUGACUUUUGACGAUUGUCAAGGUAACCUGCAGCGGUUUGCUCCAAGGAAGGAAGAGCACCGUCCAUUAGCACCCUCCCGGGCCCCUGUUUUUCUUCUCUCAAAGCACUCGUGCAGAAGUUACUGCUGCGUCCAUGCUUAGUGUAACAUUUUUGCUGUUGUAGCGAUGCCGCAAAGUUUGAGCCUUGUUGUAAAAAAUGGAAUAAAAUA